AUGAAUUUCCACAAUGCGUUGAUGAAGACAUGUGUCAAUCCAGAAGGACUCUGGUGCCUAAGACUUUGCCGAACGGCGAUAGUUGGCGUACUCCUGGAGGCGAAGACCGCCAACUACAUCCCAAUUCCUCCCGCGAAGCCCUUCCAGUCAACACUGAGAUACCCCUCCAACCGCAAAACCAUCUACGACCGCAACCUCAACCGAACCAAAACCACCGAGAUCUCCCUCGCCUCCUUCGCCUACCUCUUCAACACCCUCAUCACCUACCACCAUUCCAAAUCCAGUUCCGUCUCCGAGAUCGAAUCGCGCCUCAACAGAGCAGGAUAUCCCAUCGGCAUCAAAAUGCUCGACCUCCUGCUAUACCGACAGCCCCCUCGCUCAGCGACCCGACCAACCCGCAUCGUCGAGCUCCUGCAAUUCAUACACGGCACACUCUGGCGCGCCCUCUUCAGCCGCAGCGCAGAUGCCCUGGAGAAGAGCACCACGAAGAACAACGAGUACAUGAUCAUCGAUAACGAGCCCUUGGUGAACACAUACAUCAGCAUCCCGAAGGAAAUGAGCCAGCUCAAUUGCGCAGCCUUCGUCGGAGGGAUCAUCGAAGGCAUGUGCGACGCCGCAGGCUUCAGCACCGACGGCGUCUCCGUCCACUCGGCGGGAGAAGGCGACGAGAUGUGGCCGGGCAAGACCAUCUUCCUGGUCAAAUUCAAAGAGAGCGUGGUAGAGCGCGAAGAAGCGAUCAAAGCCAGCGGUGGCUGA